CUGUCGCGCGGCGAAAUUUAUUACCUAGCCAGGGUCCAAGAUGGCCACGAGCUGUGACGUCAGCGAGAUCUCGUGAGAGCGGAAGGGCGCGAUUUGCAGGCGCCCGCGCAUCUGCUGGCGGGGCGGGACUCUCCGAGGAUCGCGAAUGCAAAAACUAAAAAGACCCUCCGUAUUGCAAGGGGACUAGAGGGAAGUGAAAAGUCUAAAGAUGAAGGCUUUUCAGACCAUCUGCAGGCAGCUUAAAAGUUCAAAGCAAUUUUCUGUAGAACUAUCCCCACAUCGGGGUUUCUCCACGUCCUCUUAUUCAUGUGGCCGGAAGAAAAAAGUGAACCCUUAUGAAGAGGUGAACCAAGAAAAGUACUCUGACUUAGUACAGUCUGUCUUGUCAUUCAGAGGCCCUGCUCAGACUCCAGAAUCGUUGUUCGAGGAAGAUUCUUUACUCUAUGGACCUGUGAGUAAGUGUAAACCCCCAAAGCAAGAUGAGGAAGCAAGAGUUCCAGGAAACUGGUUUCCUCUCUUCAAUCCAGAGAGAAGCUGCAAACCAAAUGCAACAAGUGCUGCGACAGUUCCUUUGAAAAUCCCUUUGCAAAGGAAUAAGAUACCAAGUGUGACCCGGGUCCUUCAGCAGACCAUGACAUCAGAACAGAUUUUCUAUUUGGAGAGGUGGAAGCAGCGGAUGAUUCUGGAACUGGGAGAGGAUGGCUUUGCAGAAUAUACUUCAAACUUAUUUUUACAAGGGAAACAGUUCCAUGAAGCCUUGGAAAGCAUACUUUCACCCCAAGGGAACUUAAAAGAGGGAGAUGAAAAUCUUGAGUCUGGCUACAUCGAAAGCAUCCAGCAUAUUCUGAAAGAUGUCGGUCGAGUUCAAGCUCUUGAAAGUGCUGUUCAACAUGAGACCUUAAAGUAUGUAGGUCUGCUGGACUGUGUGGCUGAGUAUCAAGGCAACCUGUGUGUGAUUGAUUGGAAAACAUCGGAAAAACCAAAACCUCUUAUCCGAAAUACAUUUGACAAUCCGCUGCAGGUUGUGGCAUACAUGGGUGCCAUAAACCAUGAUGCCAACUAUAGCUUUCAGGUUCGGUGUGGUUUAAUUGUGGUGGCCUACAAAGAUGGAUCCCCUGCCCACCCACAUUUCAUGGACACAGAGCUGUGUUCCCAGUACUGGGCAAAGUGGCUUCUUCGACUAGAAGAAUAUACAAAAAAGGAAAAGAACCAGAAUAUUCAGAAACCAGAUUAGGGGCAGGAUGUUAUUUGGAAGCAUUCAGCACUUUCUCACAGUUUGGGAAAACAUAUUGCUGUUUACUGUGACCUAAGAUGGAGGUCCCACUGGAUCUGAGAGCUGCUUUAACACAAAGCAGAAAUAUUAAUUUGUUAAAAUUUAUUGCGAUAAAAAAGAAAAAGACUAAAAAGCCAGAAAAGUUUAGAUAUAAAAAACUGGACUUAAGCAUACAAAAGAUCAGCCAUGCUACCUCUGACUAUGAUUUACUUGAAAAAAGGUCAAGCAGGAUUGGCAGUGUUGGUGGCUCUUGGACCCCAUGGAACCUCUCUGUGUCCUGGGCAGCCUGCCCAGUCUUUGAACUAAAAUUGGAGGGCAAUGAGGCUUGGUGUGCCAAGCAUUUCCCCAGGGUUACACCACAAGGGAAGGGGCAUGGCAGUCCCAGGGUGUAUGGAGGGGGAACUCACAUCAGCCAACUACUACUGCCAACACAGUUUCCUAGAACUUGUUUUAUAUAUUGGGGUUCUCUAUAGAUUUCUUUGGGAACGAAAACUUCCAUUUAACAUUUUUGAAAAAGAAAUAUGUGACUCCUUAGCCUCGAAUAAAUAAUUGCUCUGGAGAAAGAUAGAGCAUAUUCA